UUGGACUCCCGUCGAUCUGCUUGGCCAACGCCGUUGCGGCUUCCUGCCUUGUCUGCCUUGCGUAGGUAUGAACUUUUGAUAGAGGCAGGAGGCGCCAGUUUAGGUAGUGUAAGGCGAACAAGCAGACGGUAAGGCAUGCGUGCGUGUGCGAGCUUGGAAGGUGCCGCGAAUUCACCUCCUUUGGUAUGUGGCAAGGUGCUCAGCUGGGCAGUCAGGCAGGCAGUCAAGACAGACAACGGAAAUCGGGGGGGGGAAGAGGCCACUUCGCGGUUUCUUUUUCUCUUCUACAUGGCCUCGGCCCGGCAGUCUCUCUCAACGCUAUUAUUUCUUUUUCUGAGUCGCUACUUGUAUCGACGUCGAGCAGCGGCCAGCCGUUUUUGUAAGACAUUGAGGCAGCGUGCCGUAGCUUGGAUCGGCGUUGUCUCGGUCGCGUUCGCGGGGAAGGCUUUUGCUCCCGUUGGCAGUACAUAUGGACGUGGAUUGGCUCGACUGCGUGGCUGGACAAAUGGUAAGAAACCGUAAACGGGUAGAGAAGGGGCAUUCAAUCCAUACAGACCAAAUCAAAUUGUCCGGCCUUUGAGUGAGCGACAAGGUGAUGGACCCGGCUAUUUCCUUAGCUGUAACUUGGAAGCUGGCAGCCGCAAGAGUUUCUGGAGUAAGUGUAAACAUGGUCAUAACGGGAAGCUUGCAGAAUGCAAGAAAUAAGCAAAGCGUGGCA